AUGGACGUCGAUGCGGCGUCGUCGUCGAACCAGGCGCUCGGUGACAUCGCUCUCGAGCUCGCGAGCGCGCGAAAUGCGCUCCGCGAUGCGUUGGAUCGAGCGACGAAUUUAGGCCACGUGAAGCUUCCACCGGAGAGCGAGCUAAAGGUGAGCGAGGUGUUGGAUUACGCGCGACGCAUCAGUUACACCACCUUCGCGCCCGCGGGAUACGUCCCCGGCGCGCCGCUGUGCGGAAUAAUGCCCCCGGCGCCGCAGGAAGAACACUUUCAGGCGUCCAGGCUCGCGGCGUUCAACGCUGAACGGCGUGCGAAAGAAAAGGCGGCGUCGGCGGCGGCGGAGGCGCGACAAAAGGAGGAGGCGAGACUGAGGAUGGUCGAAGCGGCGGCGGCGAUUCCGCCCGAAGAGCUCAUCGAGCGAUUGAGCAAAUGGAAGCCCGGAGAGCCGUGGCCGGAUGGAAUCCCGCCCCCGCCGCCGGGAUGGAAACCGGGCGAUGCGCUGCACUUUGAAUUGCCGAAACGCGAGGACGCGGGCGUGGGCGCGCUCGUCAAGCCGACGAACGCCGUCGCGGCGGCGAAAGCCGCGCCUCGCGUCGUGCCUUUCGUUUCGUUAGAUUUAAACCCAGACUUAGACGACGACGACGUGGCGUCAAUUUCGGACGAUUUCGAGGAGGUGUCGGAGAGCGACGGCGGCGACGACGAUUCGGACUAG